CAUUCAUUCAAACAUUCAUAAUAUCGCUUGCUUGCUCAAUCCCCUUGAUCUGAAGCAGAGGUAUUAUCGAUUGCACUCAUCUUGUGUAGUCAUGACAUCAAGCCAACACCCAAUCAACAUACAGGGUGCUUCAAGCUCGUUGACACAACCACCACCGCCGCCAAAGCUACCUUGUUUUGAUCUAGUUUAUGGACCUGGAGAUGACUACGCCAGAAUCGGUUUCCCACUGUACGAGGCAUCCAGGAGAUGCGACUGGAAAGAGGCAAAGGCCAUUCUUUAUGACUACCCGCAUUUGGUAAGGUACAGCAUCACUGGAAAUGGGGAAACACCACUUCAUAUUGCAGCCUCUGUAAAAAUAAGAAGCAAACAGGUGGAGCAAUUUGUGAAAAAUUUGUUGGAUAUGAUGAGCAAGGAUGACUUGGAACUACAAAACCAAAAUCAUGACACUGCUUUCUGUCAAGCAGCUGCUACCAGAAACAUUAAAACAGUUAUGAUUAUGUUGGAAAAGAAUAGGAACUUGGCGACAAUCGCUGGUGGGGAAAGAUGAUGCCACUGUAUGCAGCUGCCAUGAAUAAAAAUUAUGAAGUGGUGAAGUAUCUGUAUGAAUGUUCAAACGACUUGCGUGAUGAUGGUUGGACAACUCAAAAGCGUGGUUGGCUUCUUAAGAAAUGCGUGGAGGGCGAUAUGUUCGAUGUGGCCCUGAGGAUAGUGAAAAUAUAUCCACGACUUGAAAGUGGGGAAGUGCUUAAACUCUUGGCUCUAAAGCCUGAAGCGUUCUCUGAAACGAAAUCAAAUAAAAUCAAAAGAAACAUAAAUUCAGUUUUUUCAUUAAUUGGUUUAACAUUUGGAGCUUAUGAAAAGGAAAGUAAAGCAUUGCAAGUACUAAAAAUCAUUUGGGAGGAUAUAGCCAAAAGGCCUAGGAAUGAAAUUGAUAGCAUUCUAAGAGGUUUGGAUGAUCCGGUUGUUGAUUCAGAUAGUUCAGCUGAUUCACAAAGAGGUAAAAACUCACAUACAAGACACUACUCUUCCCAAGUAAUGUUUAUUGCUACAGAAAAGGGCAAUACUACGUUUUUAGCUGAGCUCAUCCGUCGAUAUCCUGAUCUGAUAUGCAAGGUAAAUGAUAACAAUAUGAGUAUAUUCCAUAUUGCUGUCAAAUACCGUCAUGAGGGUAUCCACAAUCUGUUGAACCAGAUAGGCUCAAUGAAGGAUUUCAUAACUACUCGUAUAGAUGGUGAUGGUAAUAAUAUGUUGCACUUGGCUGGAAUGAGUACCACGAAAGAGCGACUUGCUGAUGUGUCCGGAGCCGCUUUACAAAUGCAAAGAGAAUUAUUAUGGUUUAAGGAAGUAAGUGAGGCGGUCCCCUUUUAUUAUAAGGAACAAAAGAACAAUAAGGGUUUAACACCACGUGAGUUAUUCUCAAAGGAACACGAAGAACUUAUUAAAGAAGGUGAGAAGUGGCUGAAAGAUACUGCAAGUCAUUGUAUGGUUGUUGCAACGCUUAUUGCCACGAUGGUGUUCGCAGCUGCUUUUACAAUUCCAGGAGGAUAUAAUCAAACUGAUGGUAUUCCAGUAUUUUAUCGAAAACCAAUCUUUAUUGCCUUUGUAGUGUCAGAUGCCAUGUCCUUAUUCUUAUCAUCAACAUCCAUACUCACAUUUUUAUCAAUCCUCACAUCUCGUUUUGCCGCACGUGAUUUUGUGAAAACAUUACCCAUAAAGUUGAUGUUAGGUAUAACAACUCUUUUCCUCUCUAUAACAGCCAUGAUGAUAAGUUUUAGCGUCAGCUUCUUUAUACUAUACAAUAAAGAAAUGAAAUGGGUACCUAUCUUGCUUAGUUUCACACCCCCAAAAUCCACCCGCGGAUAACACCCGCUUCGGGGGCGUGACUGACCAGGA